GUUUAGUUAAAACGCUGUCGUCUUCUUUAUCGUGCAAUAAAACACACUUCGUCGUUGAAAUAUACGUAUUAUUUCGCUAUUUUUUUAAUUUUUUUUAAUUUUAUUUUUUAGCGAUAUCGUCGAUUAAACGUCGUCCACUCUCGGUGACCCGGUAAUGUGGGAUUAAAAUGGUCAUCAUCAAGGUUUACGUCGCCUCGUCAAGUGGGUCUGUGGCGGUGAAAAAGCAGCAGCAGGCGGUAGUGGGCUUCCUGGAGGCCAAUCGAAUCCAGUUCCAGGAAGUGGACAUUGCCAUGCUGGAGGAGCAGAGACUCUGGAUGUACCGGCAAAUCCCUCGGGACAAGCGGCCGGAAAAAGGCAACCCGCUGCCUCCGCAAAUCUUCAAUGAGGAUCGCUACUGUGGGGACUAUGAGGACUUCUUCCAGUCGAAAGAGAACAACACUGUGUUUUCCUUCCUGGGCGUCACUUCUCAAGCAUCUGUCAAAGAUUCCGAGUCUUAGAUGACAAUACUGAAAAGAAACGUGAAACCUCCUCUUGUGUCUUCUUACCGUGGAUGCCAAACAUGGGACUUCCUCCAAAACGUCUUGUACAUGUUGAUAAAAGAGACUUUUCAAAAAAGGGACGAUUGACAAUCAUGUAAUUGUUUGUGACGCUGAGCGCUCACCAGCCACAAUAUUAGCCACACCACUGUUUUUCCAAAAUCUUUGACAACCAGUUUAAAGCCCAUUUACUAGUAUGCUCUUUUUCCUCACCAGAAAGACAACAUUGGCAUACAGUCGCGCAUUGAGAAACAAGUGGCUCAACUUUGGAGUUUUUCUGUUUAAUGAUGUCAUUACUGUUACGUUUUUAUAAAGUACAACGUUAUGGAGUGCUAUUUUUCUUCAUUGAAGAACAACAGUUUUUAGGGUGAAAGCUAGAAUGGAUUAAUGGCCAUUUUAAAAGUAAUUUCAAUAGAAAAAUAGGCACCACUCUACUAGUAGGACAAGUACAUGUUACUAGGGAGGCAUAACUGUGCACUAGUUGACAACAGCAUGUUACUACUGAUGAGUCAUUAAAUUAUAGAAAUCUGCUAGUUAACAUCGAGUGUGUCAAUAGUAAUACUAGUAGCACGCAGAUGCUUUAGGGAAAGCCAUUCAAGCAUUUAACCAGUUCAGGGUGUACCCCGCCUCCUGCCCGAUGAUAGCUGGGAUAGGCUCCAGCACGCCCGUGACCCUACUGAGGAGAAGCGGUUCAGAAAAUGGAUGGAUGGCAUUCAAGCAUUUUUUUAUUCAAUAUCCGACUUAAGGGCGAACGACAAGGGCAAAAGCGGCACUAGUAGUGGGGAAAAAAAUAGUAAGAGACAGUGAUUCUACUACUGUGCUGAACUGUCUUUCUUGUUAGGAAAAAGCGCAUGUUAAAACUUACCUUAAACUGGGUAUCAAAUAAAUGCUCACACGGCUUUCCAUAACAGCAUUUUACUGAGAACUAACGUUCCUACUAUAUUGUUCCUCUCAUGUGGUGCAAUAAGGUAAGAAAAUUCAAUGAUGUCUCCUUUAUUUUUUGUUUUUCUCAAUUUUUCUUUUUUUCUUUUAAUGUCAUAAGGUUGCUGAAACUGCAAUUCAGUAUUCGGCCUGCCGGCCUCUAGGUUGAGCCACUGCACUUCAAUUGUGCUUUCAACCAAAUGAGAAAAUCCAGAAGAAGAUCCAUUGUUAGUGUAUAAUUGUCUUCGUCAAGGCAGAAUUUUCUUGUUUUGGAUUAGUUUCAGGUGUGCCUAAUGUUGUGGCCACUAAGCAUGUAUAUGAUUUGUCCAUUUUCACUGCUGUGUACAAUAUUUUCCGUCUGCUGUGCCAUCAUGUUAAAUAGUACUGUGACUUUUGACAUUUGUGAGAUUUGAUGUCAGUCUGCCACUUUGCAAGGUAAUAAGGUUUAUAACUUUACAGCAUCCAAUGCAAAAUUAUUGGUGGGUACAUAAUUUGUGAAAUGUUUUUUCCCCAAUGUUAAUAAGAAGAAAUCGCAAAAGCAAAUAGUUAUAUUUUUCUGAGAAAUUUUCACGAAAAUUCUCAUGAGUACAAAAACAAAUUUUGGAGAAUAAAAUGUGAAUUUUAUCCGAAAAUUUGAAUUUUGAAAAAUGUGAAUUUUAUCCGAAUAUGUAUAUAUUUUUUUGAAAGGUCAAUUUUGAGAGGGAAACUCAUACUAAAAUAACAAUACAUUUAUAAUGUUAUUGAUAAUCAUAAUUUUACUCAAAUUUAUAAUAUUUUCAAGUUUUUUUUAGAAAAUAGUUUAUAACCAGAACUUUUUGUUACAAGAUUUGAGUUGCAAUUCUACAAGAAAAGUCAUAUCAUAAAAGUCAAUUUUACUAGCGUAAAAUAUAUUCGCAAGCAAAUAGUCAGAAUUUUCAAAAAAUCAUUGUAAUUCCGAGAGCAAAAAAUCAAAAGAUUUUUAGAUCCCUUAUAAUUUUUUUGUAAGUAAAAUUGUAAUGGUUGACAAAAGAAUAAUAAUAAUACUAUAUAAUACCAGACUUUUUGGGGGGAGAAAAGUCAUUACAAGGAAAAGUUAUUGAUUUAAAUAGAAUAAAGAUAUACUGUAUUAUUAUGAAAGUCAGAUUUUUGCAAAAACAAUAAUUGUGAAAGAAAGAUCAAAUGUAUUUUUACCCAAAGUUGUGCUAUUUACAAUAGUGCAAAUCUUCACCAAGCUCAGGCUACGCCCCCAAUCAGUUAGACUUUAGAAGUUCUGCUGCACUUGUUACCGUCUGUUUGGUGAAUGACGGUCAACUGAAGGUCAGCCAAAACGAGUUCCCUCGUGUCUCCCAAACUUUCGCAAUGACUCGCUUGCACUUUGACUGGAGCAUCGCUCGGUGUCCUCUUGUCCCCCGACACUCGUUAUUUCCCAUCAAAACCCGCGUUGCAAUGAUUUACCCAGCAAUCAAUACAGGAAUACAAAUUCAUAUGACAAGUGGGAGCAUGGGCGUAAUUUUAAUGGAAUAGAGUUGUAAUUUUACAGGACAAAAGGUCUGAAUUUUCAGGAACUUAAAUGAUUUUAGCAAAUGGCUGCAAUAUAACAAUGACUGAAAACUUUAAGGGGAUCUGAAUACUUUCACUGUAUAUUACCAGAAUAAAAGAGGUAAUUUUACUGAACGAAAUCCUGUAAUUAUAUGGCACAAAAAUGUCAGAAUUUUUCCAAGAACAACUUUGUAAUUUUCCAAGGAAAAAAAGUUGUAUUGUUGCAAGAAACACCGUGUAAUUUAUUGGGAAUCAAGUUGGACAUUUUAUGAAAAUAAAGUUCUCCUUUCAAGAGACAAUAUUCAUAUAUAAUUUGAAAAAAAGCUUACUUUUAUAUGAAAAAAGUCACUUGUAAUUUCAAUUUAAAGUUGGAAUUUUUCCAAAAAUAAAGUAGAAUAUUUUACAAUUUAAAUUGUGGAAUAAAAUAAAGUCACAUUUUACAAGUAAGCUAUUUCUAUUUUAGAGGGAAAAAAAUCUAAUUUUACUUGAGUAAACUUACCAUAUAACAGGAAAUACCUUGAAAUAAUAAAUACCAAUGUUAUGUAGAUAAAUACAAUAAUUGAAAACUGCGAUACGGAUGGCACUAAGGAGUUAUCUCCAUUUGGUGAUGCAGAUAUUGGGUCAAACAAUCAUCUGUCAUGGUCCGCCUUUAAUGAUUUAUCCAAAUGUCAACACACUGUUGCGGUCCGAGUCCACACACUUCUUAUUUCUGACAAUUACUGCAUGUUUAUGUGGUCGUCCUGUCCCGUAAAUUAAUAGGACAUAACAGGUAUGUUUUCUACUUUUGACUUUCUGUGAAUAGCAGUAAUUUUGGCAGUGAUGCAUAACAAUUUCUUCCUGAUUUGUGGCAGGGUUUUUGACUACGUUAAGUUUACAUUAUGACCUCUGUUUGUGCCAAAAAACUACUUUGCUAUCUUUCAAUUGGUAAGUUUUUACUUUUUUCCCUAUCUCCCUUACUAUGAAUGCCGUAAUCUAUUGGAUUAAGUUGUAGAUGAAGUAUAUUUUGAUGCACCUUCAUCAGAAAACAGUAGUAGUAUAUCAAAGUUAUAAUCUUAUAUAAUCUUAAUUUUCAAAAAAGAUACCGGUACAUCUUUAAAAAAGUUAUCUUUAUAAGUGAACACAAAUUAUAAGCGAAAAUAGCUUAGUUUACUCGAAUAAAAUGUUACUUUUAUGAGAAUAAAAGUCUUACUUUUUUAAGAAAGUAUUUUUUAUUUUAUUUUUUAGCGCAAUGGUUGUAAUAUUAUGACCUACGCGAAUAAAGUAUUAUAUAUGAGAAUAGAAAUGUAAUUUUCCAAAAAUAGAAUUGAAAACUUUUAGGGGAAAAAAAUUACGAGAAUAAAAUUUCCAAGAAAAUUUAAUUUUUUUUAAUAGUCGUACUUUUGAGGGGGAUAAUUUCAGAAGAUGAGAAUUUAUUUGUAAUUUUACCCAAAUUGUAAUAUUUACAAAAGUAAUAUAUUUUUUUGGGCGGGGAGUGGCCAGUAUAUUACGAGAAAAAUAUUCAAAACAUACAUUUCCCAUCUCUGGGAAAAUUGACAUGAGGGAAAAAAAGAAUAGAAUAAAGUUGUAUUGUUACGAGAAAUUGCAUUUUAACAAAAAUAUAGUUAUAAUUUUGAGGGGAAAAAAUCAUCGUAAUUUUAUGAAGAAUCACUUGUAAUUUUACACAAAUAAAGUUGUGACAUUGACAGGGGUGACAUCAGAUUUUUGGGGGGAAGAAAAUAGUUUUUAAUUACAUGCAACAAAUUCUUCAUUUCAAUUGAAUAAAGUUGUAUUGUUAUGAGAAAGUCUGGAUUUGACAAACAUACUUAGUUUUUACGGGAAUAAAAAAAUAAUUUUAUUAAGAGAUUAUUUGUUUUUUUGACAAAAAUCCUUUAUAACUUAUAUGGGGAAAGAAGUUACAUUAUGACAAAUCACUUAUUACAAGAAUAAAGUCGUAAUUGUACCUAAAUAUGGUCGUACAUUAUGAUAAAUAAAGUUGCAGUUGAAUAAGAAAAUAGUUGUGAAUUAGGAAGGAGGAAAGUUGUUUUAUCCAUCCAUCCAUUUUCUACCACUUAUCGGAGCUCGGGUCGCGGGGGCAGUAGCUUUAGCAGGGACGCCCAGACUUCCCACUCCCCACCCACGUCCUCCAGCUCUUCCGGGGGGAUCCCGAGGCGUUCCCGGGCCAGCCGAAGGAUGUAGACUCUGCAGCGUGUCCUGGGUCGUCCCCGGGGUCUCCUCCCGGUGGGACGUGCCCGGAACACCUCACCGGUGAGGCGUCUGGGAGGCAUCCGAAUCAGAUGCCCCAGUCACCUCAUCUGGCUCCUCUCGAUGUGGAGGAGCAGCGGCUCUACUCUGAGCCCCUCCCGGAUGACCUUCUCACCCUAUCGCUAAGGGAGAGCCUGGACACCUUGCGGAGGAAACUCAUUUCGGCCUCUUGUAUCCGGGAUCUUGCAAAAAUAUACAAUUUACAAGAAAUAAUACCAUGUUGUAUUGUUACAAGGACAUCAUUUUGUAGUUUCGGGAGAUAAGGCUUUAAAUUUUCCGCAAAUAGAUCAUGAGACACCAGUUGCAAUCGUACCCAAAUAAUCUUUUUUUAUUUUGAUUUUAUUUAGUUGAAACAUUUCAAAGGUAAAGUUUCAGCUCCAUUUGUGUAAAGUAUUAGCAGUAGUUUAUCUUCAUUGUAUUGUUUAAAUGUUGGAUUUCAUGAAAUUGUGUAGGUGUAGCUCAAGUUAAAAAUGUAUAAAGUUACAAACGAUCAAUUAUAUCUCACAGUUUGUCAUUUAUUUCUACCUCAGGUAUUCUAUCUCUGUUCAUCUGUACAGGUCAGUACGCACUGUAUACUUAACACGGUUAAUAUUUUUCCACAUUUUAAUUAUUAUUAGUAAUUUGGCAUCUCUGCUUUGCCUUGUGGUGUUUGUGCAGACUACUGGAACAGUGUAUUUCCCUUACGGAUGAAUAAAAUAUAAAUUGAGCUAGCUCUUACCAUUGUCUUUAUUAAGGGAGCAUUUUUGGAUACAGUUCUUAGC